UAUCAGGAUUGACUUUGAAAAGAUCAAUUGCCAUUGCCUUAAUUCAAACUUCAAUCGAUUAUUCUUUUCAUCUGCCAAAAGCAGCACCCUUGUGUUCUGUGGGAUUUGGUUAAAUCUUUUCUUGAAAUGGCAGAAAUAGUCCUUACUGCUUUUCUGCAGGUUUUGUUUGAUAAGUUAACUUCUCCAAAACUUGAAGAGUAUGAGUUGUGGUUGGGUGCUAAGAAGGAACUAGAAGAGCUGGAGAGUACCCUAAGUACAAUUGCAGCAGUGCUUGAUGAUGCAGAGGAGCGCCAAGUUAAGGAUAAGGCAGUGCGGAACUGGUUGAUGAAGCUUAAAGAUGCAGUCUAUGAUGCUGAUGCUGUAUUGGAUGAGUUUGCAACUAAGGCUUUGCAGCAAAAGGUGAAAUCUCAGGAUCACACAAAUCGGUGGGUGUCUAGCUUUCUUCAGGUUCCCAAUUCUGUUGCUCUUCAUGUUAAAAUGGGAUCCAUGAUAAAGGAGAUCAAUAAGAGGUUGAAAGCUAUUGCAUUGGAGAGAGUGAAUUUUCAUUUUAGAGAGGGAAUCAGAGAUGUGGAAAAGGAAGAUAAUGAGUGUCGACAGACACACUCUUUUGUGAUUGAGUCAGAAGUUUUUGGAAGAGAAAAAGACAAGGCAGAGAUUGUAGAUAUGUUGAUUGGCUGGGGUAAUGGAGAAGAUCUUUCUGUAAUUCCCAUUGUAGGUAUGGGUGGAAUCGGUAAAACAACUCUUGCUCAAUUGGCCUUCAAUGAUGUCAAGGUAAAAGAUAGUUUCAAAUUGAGGAUGUGGGUUUGUGUCUCUGAAGAUUUUGAUGUUCCAAGGCUGACAAAAGCGAUUAUAGAAGCUGCUACAAAAGAAAGAUGUGAUCUCUUGGGCAUGGAUCUUCUACAAACUCGUCUUAGAGAACGAUUGGCUGGGGAGAAAUUCCUACUUGUUCUGGAUGAUGUUUGGAGUGAAGACUAUGAAAAAUGGGAUCGUUUGAGAACUCUGUUGAGAGGAGGUGCAAAGGGAAGCAAAAUCAUUGUUACAAGUCGCAGCACAGGAGUUGCAGCAAUAAUGGGUUCACUACCAACAUGUUAUCUGGCAAGACUAUCUGAUGAUGAUUGUUGGACUUUGUUCAGAAAACGAGCAUUUGGAAAUGGGGGAGCAGAGCAGACUCCAAGAAUGGUUGCUAUUGGAAAGGAAAUUGUCAAGAAAUGUGGUGGGAUUCCUCUGGCAAUUAAAACUCUAGGAAGCUUGAUGCGCUCUAGAAGGGAGGAACGAGAAUGGUUAUAUGUCAAGGACAAUGAACUGUGGAGACUACCUCAAGAGCGCGAUGGAAUUUUACCUGCUUUGAGAAUUAGUUACAAUCACUUGCCAUCUUAUUUGAAGAGGUGCUUUGCUUAUUGUGCAGUAUUCCCGAAAGAUUAUGACAUCAAUAAAGAGAGGCUUAUUCAAAUUUGGAUGGCAGAAGGCUUGGUGGAACCAAGUGAUGCUGAUGAGCAGCUGGAAGAUGUAGGCAACAACUAUUUUAACUAUUUGCUGUGGAGAUCUUUCUUUCAAGUUGCAGAGGAAGAUGAAGAUGGUAGCAUUGUUUCUUGCAAGAUUCAUGAUCUUAUGCAUGAUCUUGCUCAAUUUGUUGCUGGAGUUGAGUGUUCGAUUCUUGAGGCAGGCUCAAGGCAGAUCAUCCCAAAAAGAACUCGUCACAUAUCGCUGGUCUGCGACGCAAGAAUGCUGAAAAUCCCAAAAUGCUUGUACAAAGCAAAGAAUUUGCAUACCUUUCUUGCAUUGACUGAAAGGCAGGAGGCUGUACAGGUUCCUCGAACCCUUUUCUCUGCAUUCAGGUGCCUGCAUGUGUUGAUUUUAAGUAGCACUGAAAUAAAAAAUUUGCCUAACUCCAUAGGCAAGUUGAUACAUCUCAGAUUCCUAGAUUUUUCACACACUAAUAUUGAAGCAUUGCCUGAAUCCCUGAGCUCCCUAGUAAAUUUGCAGACCUUGAAUCUGUCCCAUUGUUUUGAACUCAAAGAAAUGCCCAAAAUGACAAGAAACUUGAUUAGCCUAAGGCAUAUCGUUAUUGAUCAUUGUCAUUCGCUAUUAAAGAUGCCUCCUAGAAUUGGAAAAUUAACAUCCCUACAAACGCUAUCGCAGUUUAUUGUGGGCAAGGAGCAUGGUUAUAGAUUGGAAGAGUUGAAGUUACUGAAUCUCAAAGGUGAAUUGGCUAUUAAAAAGCUUGAAAAUGUCACGUACAGAAGAGAAGCUAUGAAAGCAAAAUUGCAGCAGAAGCACAAUCUUUCUCUAUUGAAACUAUCAUGGGAGCAUGACUAUAUUGGAAGAUACUCGGUUGACGUUCCUGAAAGUGUUCUAGAAGCCCUCAAGCCCCAUGAAAAUCUGAAAAGGUUUCACCUAAAAAGAUAUAUGGGUGUGAAGUUCCCUACCUGGAUGAUGGAUGCCAUUCUAACAAAGCUAGUGGAGAUAAAGUUGAAGAACUGCAAAAAUUGUGAAUUGCUCCCGCCGCUUGGACAGCUUCCUGUUCUCAAGUUUCUUUAUAUCACAGGUAUGGAUGCUGUCACAUGCAUUAGCAAAGAGUUCUAUGGAAGUGGUGUUACCAAAGGGUUUCCAUUUCUCAAACAUUUCGAGAUUUGUGAUAUGCCUAACCUUGAAGAAUGGCUAAACUUUGAUGAAGGUGAAGUACUGGCCCACAUCAAGAAGUUGGUGGUGAAGGGAUGUCCAAAGUUGAGGAGCAUGCCCCACUGGCUUCCAUCUCUUGAGGAAUUGGAGUUGAGGGAUAGCAGUGAGAUGCUACUAUGGGCGUUACCAAGCCUAACAUCCCUUACUUCCCUCCGAAUAUGUGAAUUUUCUGAAGUUAGCUCUUUACAAAGGGAGGUAGAAAACCUUGCUAACUUAAAAUCUAUUCAUAUUGAGUUGUGUGACAAAUUGGUCUCCUUACCGUGGGGAUUGAGCAAUCUCACUUGUCUUGAAUUUCUUGGCAUUUGGGGUUGCCCUCUCUUAACAUCCUUGCCAGAGAUACAAGGUCUUAUCUCCCUCCGAGAGUUGUCCAUCUUGAACUGCAUGGCAUUAUCAUCUUUAGCAGGAGUACAACAUCUCACUGCUCUUGAGAAGUUGAACGUUGAAGGUUGCCCAGAUUUGGUUCAUUUACCGGAGGAAGGUACACAAAACCUCAAUGCUUUACGAUCCUUGAGAAUGUCACAUUGCCCCAAUUUCACCUCUCUGCCUGUGGGACUGCAAUACAUAACUACAUUGAAGGAUCUUCACAUACUAGACUUUCCUAGUCUACAGACCCUGCCCGAGUGGAUCGAAAACUUCAAGUCACUUAGGGAGCUGUCAAUAUGGAACUGUCCGAAUAUUACAUCCUUGCCAAAUGCAAUGCAGCACCUGACCUCACUUGAAUAUCUUUCAAUCUGGCAGUGUCCAAAUUUGGAGCAGAGGUGUAAGAGGGAGGAAGGAGAAGAUUGGCAUAAGAUAGAACAUGUUCUGGAGAUUGACAUUAAAGGCCUAGGCAUCAUAAUAGAACAAUCGAAGGCACUGGACGAAGCUGGAAAAAGUAUGCAUUUACAGAGACUUCUUCAUAAGAAAAUAAGAACUGCUAUUGUUGAUCAGUGGAAGCAGCUCAAGCAAGUAAUAGUAUGCAAAGUUUCCUUGAGAAGGCAAAGAAAAUGAAGAUUGCAAUUGCCGUUUCUGUGACUUCAGCAACAACUGAAGCAAACCAAAAUUUGCAUAGUCUCUUUCACAAGGCAAAGAGAAUGAACACUAGGAUCAUUAAGCCAUUUUUGAACAGGAUCAGAACCGGUUCCUUCUCAAUGCUUUUGAAGAUAGGAAGCAAGUCCAGCCAACAGUGCAAUAAUCAUUAAGAAUUUAAGUACUGAAAAAGAAGUGUGAUACAAUGUUGAGAUUGAAAAACUGAAAUUUAGUCUGGUAGUCUUCUUCUCCUGUACAAAUAUUUUCCAAGUUUACACAUGCAGACAUGUACAAUUUUUCAAAUCAGAGGACAAUUAUCAAUUAUGCUCCUUAA